AUGUAUGCAGCUGCAAAGCCUGACCAGAAGCUGCUGAACGAUGGGUGGGAGGCAGUUGCUCCUCUGCAUUUGUCGCCAAGUGCCGUUAUCGAGAUCAUUUCAAUUAUCCUUGCUUGUCACAAGCCGGUAACUCUACCAAACCUGUCUGUCGGUAAUUUGUCCCUUCGGUACCUGGGCGCCCAAUGGCGUACAGACUCUCGCGCGGAAUACCGCGGGGCAACUGGCUGGACCAGGGCCGUGAGCCCCUUUGGCUUCGAAGAAGCAGAGACUACCCUAGUUCGCACGAUGCCACUACGGAAAAAGAUGGGUACAAAAUCGGGAAAAAUAGCCUACAUAUUUUCAUACUGCUUCCAAAAUCCCAUCAAAAUUUGUCCACGCAGACAACCCAGCAGCAGUGCGAGACAGAUUUUGUCCCGCACCGACACAGCGCCGAAUAGCUCACACGCGCACCGACGGCAAUAUCUCCAACCUCACCAUUGAAACCCGGCACACAGCCUCUUCUGCCCAUUCGAGCAACAAUCAACCCCUCAUAAGCUCAAAAGCGCCAGCGCCCCUCCGCGCUGUAUUCACAUUGUAUUCACAGGUGUCUCCGUGAUCCCAACAGCGAUGCACAAUGCACGCUCUCAACCAUACACCACCACAGCAAUACUUCCCGCGACAUCAAAAACAGCAGCUGCAGCUUGAGGCGUCACGCUGCAUAGCCGCGAGCACUACACCACCAGAAGCAGCAACUCGCACAAAAUGGCUAUUGGCCAUCGGGGCCCUGCACCCGACUUUUCAGGACUUGCGCCCAAAUGAUAAUUUUCAUUUUCAGCUUUGCUCUCGACACACGUUAUACACGCCUACCUGGCUGUCCGCAUGUACAGCUUGCUGCUGUCGACGCAGUAAAACGAGCUGCUGUAAGGACCGCAGAACAGCGCCUACAGCCAGCCAGCAGGCAGGCAGCUACUCUGCCACCAAACCACGUUCCCCUCGCAGCUCAAGCCCGUGUGAGCAGGGACGC